CAUGCUAAUCUGCUGGCAGGCUUUAGGAGGAGAAGCUUCCCCACACAGACUCUAUAAACAGAGGUUGCUGGUCACUGUACGGGAGCACACACACCGUCACACAGUGUUUGUGGAUAUCAAGCUGCUGAUGUGACGCUCCUGACAUGAGUGAAUGGCCCCUCAUAUAGCAGACAUGACAGCAGAGGAGCCCCUGGGCCCGUGGGUGUCCAGCCCUGUGGGGGAGGUCAAGUUAACGCCUGAACGCAGGCUGGAGGAGGAACUCAACAACUGCAACCAAGAAGCAACACACUAUAACACAGACAUGCCUGCUGAGGGAUGUGCACCAAACACUGACAGUCUGUGCAGCGAGGAGCCAUUUUGUAGGAUCUGCCAUGAAGACAGGGCGUCAGGGGAGCUGCUGUCGCCCUGCGAGUGCUCUGGUAGCCUGGCCAUGGUGCACCGGGCCUGCCUGGAGCACUGGCUCACCGCCUCCAACAGCAGCCACUGUGAACUCUGCCACCACCAGUUUGCACUGGAGCGCCUGCCAAAACCUCUCACUGAGUGGUUGUGCUCUCCAUCCAUGCAGCAGCAGAGGAGGACGCUGUGUGGUGACGCAGUGUGUUUCCUGUUCAUCACGCCACUGGCCAGCCUGUCAGGGUGGCUGUGUGUUCAGGGAGCCAUGGACCUCCACUACACUAACGGCAUGGAGGCCCUGGGGCUCCUGGUCCUCACGCUGGCCCUCUUCACCAUAUACGUCUUCUGGACCGUGGUAUCUGUGCGCUACCACAUGCAUCUGUUCAGGACGUGGAAGAAGACGGACCAGAGAGUGCGACUGCAGAUUCCCUCGCCCCCUCACGCCACAUCCAACCAACACGUCCUGUGCAUAAACACCUUCGGCAAAGCCACCAACAAAGAGACUAUGGUGUAGAGACUGCAGUCUACGACAAUGAACGUACCUCAGAGAUAAGGAAAGAAGGGAACGAAGACCACAACACGUUCCAAUCCUGAUGUAACUGCAGAGCUGAAACCAGGGUAAGAAUGGACUCCUUCAAGAGCUGGAGGACUGACAGACCAGCCUCUGUAACCUUAUGCUGGGAACUAUCGCAUGGAAGGAGCAAAUCUAAGACUUCUCACAACCUGUGAGUCUUGCAGCGACGAAAUCAGAAGGAUCAUUCUGGCACCUGUGGAUUGUUCAGGAUCCACAGUGACAAUCAGUGUCAUCACCUCCUGAAGACAAUGAAGCGUUCUGGACUAAUCCUACGAGUCAGUUAUUUUUCCUCCUCAUGGAAUAAGCUCAAGAUUUCCAAUUCAUGACAAUCUGUUGUGACUUUGCAAUGCAAGUGUGUUUGACUUAUAACGAUGAGAAGAACUGAACUCAGCCAUGCUUUCAUUUCAACACGUCAUCCAUGUGACAGCUCAUCAGCUGUCGAGUCAUUCUUUCAUGGACAAACAUUUUAUGAAGCUCUGCUCAUAACUCACACACCACAGCUGAUGUUAAAGGGUUCAGUGGGAUCUGUCCAUGCAGAUAGUUUGGGGUUUUAGUUGUCUGGGUUUUGCCAUAUCUGAGAUUUCUGCCUCCACCUUGAUACAGUGGGAGGUGACUGGAAUUUUAUUUGUGAUGCUCAAAAUUGGAAAAACAAAUGAGAUGACUUAUUAAAUAAAAAAAAUUAAAAAAUCAUAGAGC